GCGGGCCCUGACCACGGUGGACACAAAAAUACGACAAGGCUGUCGCACCCUGCUGGAAGCACUCGGGCAGGGGUGGUUGAGGGUCGGUUAUAAGGCAAGGAACCCCUCACCAGCUCAGACCUGUCAGAUCAACGACACCUCGCCAUGGAGCCCGCCGGCCUCGUCAUUGGGGUCGCUGGGCUCGCUGGGCUAUUCAACUCCUGCCUGGAAGCCGUUGACAAGGUACAAUCCUACCAAACAUUCGGAACUGACUCGCACGUUCUAGUUACUCGAUUCAAGGCUGCCAAAACCCGCUUCGAACGAUGGGGCCCGGGUGUAGGGAUCAAGCAAGGCAAUCUGCUCCCCAAUCAUCACCCUGCCCUAGACGACAACGACACGUCCGCGGUGGUGACGGACUUGCUAUAUAUAAUCAUCAAGGCUAUUUGCGAUGCGAGCAACGCGCCCCAACGCCGUACUCGGGCCACCGGGCCAGACGUCAAUGACUCGUCGGGCUUGCACGAGCCGGGGCUCCCCUUCGCUGCGGCGUCCCGGUCGAGACGAGGGAAGAUGUCCUGGGCACUCUGGGGCAAAAGAGGGCGCGUUGAACAGGUCGAAUUAUUCGAAAAGCUGGUUCAAGAACUGCACAACCUGGUGCCCCCGACUACUGGGGAGAGUACACGACCGACACACAAGCCGGACCCAGGAUGCACCGAUACGCUCGGACAAGGGGCCUGCCGAGAUACGACGGAUCCUCGCUCGGAUCGAAGGUGAAGUUAGAGCCGAGACGCGACGGGAACUCCACUCCUGGCUCGGCCGCUCUCUCCCGCAAAGAUGUUGCUGUCCCAUGUCGUCAAUGAUGACAAU